GCAAGUGUCAUGAAUAAUCAAAAAAUGGUGGCCGUCCUGUUGCAGGAAUGCAAGCAAGAGCUGGAUCGGCUCUCCCUGGAGGUGGCGGACCAAUCCGAGGGAGUCGCAAGCAGGCAUCAGCAGAAUGGAGCUUUUCUCCCUGAUGAUCUGAAGACCCUAAUCGAAGAGGCAAAGGAAAUGAAGUGGCCCUUCGUGCCAGAAAGAUGGCAAUACAAACAAGCCAUCGACCACGAAGACAAAACAAACCUAAAAGAUGUGAUCAUUGCAAGACUGCAUGAGUUACUGGUUUCUUUGAAAAGCUCCAUCACUGCCAGGGACUACGCGACAGCCGCUGCUAUUGUGUUCCUCAUUGACCGCUUCGUGUAUUGGGUGGAUGGCUCCAGCCAGCUCCUUCAGAUUGCCAAAAGGCUGCACAAGCUACACCCUACAACACCAAUUGCCCCUCAGCUGGUGAUUCGCCAGGCCCGCGUCUCUGUCAACGGAGGUAAACUAUUAAAGGCUGAAUACAUCCUUAGCAGCCUUAUUAAUGACAACGGCGCAACAGGAGUGUGGAAGUAUGUUCAGGAAAGUGAUCAGAUCCUUGUUCAGUCAGUCUGUAUGCAAAUCAGAGGACAAAUUCUGCAGAAGCUGGGAAUGUGGUAUGAAGCAGCAGAGCUGAUUUGGGCCUCGAUUGUAGGUUUUUUCACACUUCCAAAGCCAGAUCAAAAGGGGAUUGCAUCAUCAUUGGGUAUUCUAGCUGACAUCUUUGUUUCCAUGAGUGAAAAUGAUUAUGAAAGUUUUAAAAACAACACUCAGGUUGACCUGAACCUUCUGAAAGAGUUUGACCAUCGUUUGCUGUCAGCUGCUGAGGCCUGCAAGCUGGCAGCUGCCUUCAGCCAGUUCACACCGCUGUUCGUACUCACAGCCAUGAAUAUCCGUGGAACAUGUUUGCUAUCUUAUAGCUACUCAAAUGCAUGCCCAUCAGAGAAACGAAAGUUCUAUUUGUUAGAAGCCAAGGAGUCCUUUGAAAUUGGCCUCCUUAGCAAGAAGGAUAAAGAGCUGGUCACUAGCAAGCAGGAACUUCACAGUUUUGUCAAGGCAGUUUUCUGCCUUACUAAAGUGCAUCAGCAGCUCUAUGGGGAAAGCAUGGUACUUAGUCAAGUAAGCCAGUUAUGCCAGGAAGCCUUGCAGAAACUGUUUGCUUAUGGUUAUUCAACACAUCCUGAAGAACAAGACAAGGAAACGCUUGCCAAGGAGAUCAUGUGCCUGGUUAUGUCUGCUAAGGAGAAACUGCAAGUGCCAACUUUCCCCAAUUCAGACACCAAGUCUUACGUCCCAGAUAGCUACAAAAAGGAAGUAGAGAAGCAGAUUGUGAACGGUGAACAAAGCUUUGAGAAAAUCCUCACGAUGCAUUCCCAGCAUCAUGCGUCUGUCUGUGAAGUUUUUGAAAGUGCUUGCAAGAGCCAUAAUACAAGAAAAGGAGAAGGCAAAACGGGAGCCUGUAUAACAGCCAUGAAGACCGAAACUAGAAAUGUAGACACCAUGUGCACCACAGAAGAAAGGUCACAUCAUAGAAAAGAUCCUGUGAAAAUUUCCAUUUCCCAAAAUGCGAGGAAGGGUCAGGAGGGCCUAAAGGGUCCAAUGCGAAAGAAAUUAUCUCGAGUACCUGCAGUGGAUCUCUCCCUUGAUGAAGAGACUGAGGCUGAACAUUCUGGAAAUGUUGAUGGUGUUUCAAGCUCGUCUCCGAGCAGGAGUGAACUGUCUAGUUCAUUGCGAUCUUGGGACAAAAUAUCCAAAUCGAGUUCCUCUACUAGUUGGGAAGAGAUGGAUAACAAUGAAAGUGAAACCGCCCAAGGAAAGGAAACAAAACUAAAAGGCUUCACAAGUAAGAGUGAACAUCAUUCUGCAGCCUUGACUGAAGCUUCAGCUAAUAAACAAACAGAAUUAGACCCAAAUUUCAAAGAAGGGCAUUUGGAGGGAACAGAACAUGAAGAGAAUGCUUCAGAAGGCCCACUGACAGAAGCCAGUAACACCAACUACAAGAAGGGUUGUGAUUCUUCAAGUAAUUUAAUAAUUCCUUCUUCUAAUGGACUUUCUUCUUCUAAACAAGAUAAAUUUGGAAUGGUUGUCUCCCCUUCAGUAGUUGAUUCCAACUGUGGGGGAAAAAACACAGAAGAUCCUGACAGAGGCAAAAAAGUUAUAGAACCAGGAUCUAGGAAUCACUGGCCAUUGGUUGACCCAGAAGGUGAAACGGUAGACGCAACCGAAGACAUACCAGUGAGUCCAUGUCUACCUGGUAACAGCAUGGCAUCUGCUUCCAUACACCAUGGAAUCAAACCAGAACGUGAUAAUUUUGUACAAAAUUGGAUUAAUAAAUCGGUUACAACAAUGGCUGCAGGGGCCUCGUUUCAAAUGCCUGACGUUGACUCCCAAGCAGAUACAGUAGAUGACUGGGAAUUUGUUUCUGGUAGCAGAAGGCAGUCCAUAGGUAACCAUACUGACAAGAACAUAACAAGGGAUCAGCCAAGUCAUAGGCCAGAGACUCUAUCAGGGAGGAAGAAAUCAUUAGUCAAUCAGUUCAGUGAUUGUGCUACCACUGAAGAAGAUGGAGGUGAAAAACGAAGGCACAUUUUGACUAGCCAUCACAGCUCAAGUUCCCUGAAAUCAUGGAGCAGAUCAUCCCAGUUUUCCAGCAGUUUUUCUGAGCUGGAGAAUUCCUCACUUUUGAACUCCAGCGGGAGCUCUUUUUUCUUUAUAGAAAGGGCCAAAGAAGAAGUCCUCCAAGCCCGCAAUCUGAGCAACGAUGACUAUGAGAGGCUUUUGUCAGGAGCAGCACAUACUUGGCUUGUGGAGCGGCUGAAAAAUACCAGUCUCUUUAAGCCAAAACUUCUCCAUAAAGCAUACUCUGCUCUUCUUUUGAAAUACUCUAAGAAAUCUGGGCUAUGGACAGCCCAGGAAACAGCUGUAUAUAUUGGAGACUACCUAAGGGUGGCCAAGAAAGGCAAACAAAGGAACGCUUUUUGGAUACACUUUCUGCACCAAGAAGAGACUCUGGGAAGGUACGUCGGGAAAGAGUAUAAAGAAGAGAAGGAGCUCCUUCACCACUUCAACGAUGUGGAACGGCAAAUGACUGCCCAAUACUAUGUGACAGAGUUCAAUAAAAGGCUUUAUGAGCAAAACAUCCCUACACAAAUCUUCUAUAUCCCAUCAGCAGUGCUCUUGGUACUAGAAGGUAAAUCAAUACAAGGAUGUAUAAGCACGGAGCCUUAUAUGCUGGGAGAGUUUGUGAAGUUAUCUAAUAACACCAAAGUUGUAAAAUCAGAAUAUAAAGCCACUGAAUAUGGCCUGGCCUAUGGCCAUUUCUGCUACGAAUUUUCUCAAGGCUCAGAUGUGGUUGUUGAUUUACAAGGUUGGGUGACUGGCAAUGGAAAAGGCCUCAUCUACUUAACUGAUCCCCAGAUCCAUUCCGUUUCUCAGAAAGAGGCAUCAUGCCUGACAAACUUUGGGAAGAAAGGGAUUUACUAUUUCUUCAACAAUCAGCACACAGAAUGCAAUGAAAUCUGCCGUCGUCUUUCAUUGGCAAGACCUUCUGUGGAAAAGCCAAGCUGACUCUG